GAUUCUUAGUCCCACGUGUUACGUAACAAUUGGUCAAAAGCUCAUCUCUCCUGUCCUCCCACUCAAGACAAAUCAGUAAAGGCAUGGUUGCACAGCCAUUGAACUCCAAAGCCCAGGCGAUUACAGAGAACACAAUCUGCCAAAAAGACAAUCCAUUCUUUAUGGUGAUUGAGGUCUUUCUAUCAAUCUUUUGAGAGCACAGAAAAAAACCUGUGGUGAUCAAGAAAUUAUGCUAUGGAGGUCCUCAAUGCAGUAGGCUUGACACCCAUCUCUGUUCUUUCAGACCGGAGAACAAAACCCAGAAAAAUUCUUUCAAUCCCCACAACUUCUCUUUAUAAUUUCCCAACUUCUGCUAAUUUUAGCACCAACCCAUUAAAUAUAUCAAGGAACUAUGGUGGUCUAGUGCUUCUUUCCUCUGUGUUUAGUUCUGAAUUUGCUAGAGCACUUACAUAUGAAGAAGUAUUAAAGCAAUCAGUAGGCACUUUCACUUCUGAGGGCUCCACUGACUUUGACGUCAGUGGGUUUCUUGAUAGUGCAAUCAAUUUUGUAGCGGAGAAUCCGGCAGUUAUAAUCGGUGGCGCCGCCGUUUUGGCGGUGCCGCUAGUCUUAUCUCAGUUGCUCAGUAAACCUAAGCCGUGGGGUGUUGAGUCUGCAAAGAGUGCUUAUGCUAAAUUGGGUGACGAUGCCAAUGCUCAGUUGCUUGAUAUAAGAGCACCAGUGGAAUUGAAGCAAGUGGGUAGUCCGGAUAUCCGAGGGUUGAAGAAGAAGCCAGUGUCAGUCUUGUACAAAGGUGAAGAUAAAUUAGGGUUCUUGAAGAAGCUGUCUUCGAAGUUUAAGGAACCAGAAAGUACCACAUUGUUCAUUCUAGACAAAUUUGAUGGGAACUCUGAACUGGUAGCGGAGUUGGUCACAGCAAAUGGCUUCAAAGCUGCUUAUGGAAUAAAAGAUGGCACAGAAGGAAGCCGAGGAUGGAUGAAUAGCGGUCUUCCAUGGAUACUACCAAGCAAAACAUUCAGUCUUGAUUUCAGCAAUUUGACUGAUGUAAUUGGUGGUGCCCUUCCUGAGGAUUCUGAUGCUGUAUCUGUUACUCUUGGUAUUGCCGCAACCACUGGAUUAGGUUUAUUAGCAUUUUCAGAGGUAGAAACAAUCCUGCAGCUCUUAGGCUCAGCAGCGCUUGUUCAAUUUGUCAGCACAAAACUCCUGUUUGCUGAGGAUAGAAAGCAAACUCUACAAGAAAUUGAUGGAUUCUUGACCACUAAGGUUGCCCCUAAAGAACUUGUAGAUGACAUAAAGCAAAUUGGAAUGGCUCUUCUACCAUCACCUGUAACUAGCAAAGCUCUUCCUGCACCUGUGGAGGAAAGCCCUCCUGCCUCUGAUAGUGCUGUACAGAAAGCUGAAGCAAACGUAGAAACAGCUGCAGAACCUGCACCGGAAAUCAACUCAGUCCCAAAAACAGAAGUUAUAGCAAAAUCAAUUCAUGGAUUUCCAGGAUCACUGUCUCCAUAUCCUAAUUAUCCAGAUUUGAAGCCUCCAACAUCUCCUACCCCUUCACAGCCAUAGAGAGUUGGAAUUGCAAAAUUGUAAUCAUUUUGUAUAGUUCUACAACCGAAAACGAUCAUGGCAGGAAAUUCUGAAACUAUGUUAUGAGUUUUGCAGUAUAUGCCGUUAUUAUGUAAGAAUUUUUUAGCUUAGAUAACUUGCACUUGAAAGACAGGUUGCAAUAUGUGUAUGCUCUUCUCAUGUGUAUUUUUGGGCUUAUAUGAGUUACACUUGGAAGACACAUCCAAAAUGUCAUGAGUUAAAUAAUUUAUAGUUUGUCGUGUUUUUCAUGCUUUGUGUCGAAUAUGCAUAAUGGUGUGUUGUAAUGGAAUGAAAACGAGUAA